GCUGGCACAAUAAUUUCCUCUAGCCCAUUCACCUAUAAAUAGCCCACCAUUUGCUACUAAAUCAACACAAUCUGAGGAGUAUAAAUCAACACAAUCUGAAGACGGCGUAUCUGCUUGCAAUCUGAGGACACUAGCAUGGAGAUCAAGCCAGCGGUGAUCCUUGUGGCCUGUUUGUUAUUCGGCAUCAGCAACAGAGGCAGUGCAGCAGGGUGCAGAACGUCAGAUAUUUUUGUCACCACAGAGGCCUACCCGGAUCCGGGAGGAAGGCUAGUGCAGUACGUGACACUGGUGAACAACUGCGCCAGGUGCACGCAGAAGAACGUAAAGCUGGCGUGCCCGGGGUUCAGCUCUUCCAUCGAGGUCUACCCGGACACUGCCAUCAAGCCGGAUGGCGACGGCAAGCUCUGCACCCUCUACGCCGGCCGCCCGGUUGGGCCUAAAGAGAAUGUCUUCUUCAACUACGUGCCCGUCUCCUCCACCAUUGUUUGUUAGAUAAUGUUGAUCAUGGACUCACAAAUAUGUUUCCAUAGUGACUGAAAGAUAGGACAUCUCUAUCAUUCAGGUAAUAAAAGAUUUGGAGUGUCUGUUUUUUAAAAAAAAAA